GCCACUUUGGUUUUCCAUUAGCGUUACUGAUACAUUGAACUCACGCCUCAAGAGUUUUGUAACAGCCCCAACAGUCGCCACAUUUAAAGCACGGUAUGACAAACACAUUGGACCAGCUUAAUUGCACUGGCUGAUAGGUAUGUCAUAAGAGGUGGGGGACAUUACAAGGAUUCUCUGCUAUAUGUUCAUAGAGAGAAUGUAGACCCUGCUUGCAUCCAGCCUAGGACAUGAUGGACCAAAAAUUUUCAAUGCACUGCCCAAGGAAAUAAGAGAAAUAACAAGAUGCUCAGUAGACGCGUUCUAAGGAAACCAUGAUAUAUUCAUGACAGCAGUUCCAGAUGAACCAUUAGUCCCGGGCUACACUGUGAACAGCCAGGCAGCACCAAACUCAAUACCAGACCAAGUGACCCUCACCAAUAGGGACUCCAGGACCAGAAAUAGCAAUGGAUCACCACGAGUGAGAGGCAUAGGUCUCUAGACAACUCUAAAACAUGGCCUUCUACAUAAUGCCUCUGCAGGGAGACAGCCAGCUACACACCCUCAUGGAUGACACCAGAACAAGACUGAUGUACCUGUGUGAGCUGUGGCAGCGCUGGGGUGAUGCUGAAAAAAUUCAAAGACUUUUUCCUGAUAACCCCGAGCUGGCAUACAGAUCUGACUCUCUCAUAGAGGGAACAAAGAGGGAUACGGAGUCGUAUUUCAUUCUGAAAUUGGCUGCCCUCAGUGAUAGAAAAUUGGAAGCUUUCAUCACAGAGGCAGAAGCUAACUUUUUUGAGCAUCGACUGAAAUGUGGCGGCCCCCUCACCAUCAAGACAGCUAUAGCCGAGACUGUGAGCCACUUGGCCACUGCUUUAAAAACCUGGAGGAUGACAGGAGAUCAAAGGAAAUCUAUGACACAAAUAAACAAGAUUUUGAAGAAUUUGAUGGUGAAUGGGAUGGUGGAAUGCUCAGGCAGAGAGCAGUGCUGGCAUUCUAUUGAAGUUUAUUUCACCUUUGUGCUUCCGCUGGUGAGGACUCGUGAGGUGGUGCUGCGUCUGGGGAUGGCUGAGGUGGAGUGCCAUCAGGUUGUCAUCUUGCUGCGCUGUCUCUUUGAGGAGCUGUCAGCAUUAGUGGAUAAACAGCUGGUCUCGAGCAAGGCAGUGGAGGCAGCCCAUGAGGACGAGAGGCUGUCCCAGGUCAUGACAAGGCUACAGCUCUUGUUCAGGAGGACUUGGCUUGGAGGCACCCCACGACCCUCCAGAUCCCUGAAGCACCAAGAAGUUGAAGCACAAAGUAAAUAUUUUCCUCUAUGCAUGAAGAAUCUGUUCAGGAAGCUUCACCAAACAAAUAGACUGAGACACCCUGAGAGGUUCAGGCUCACCCUCUUCCUGAAGGAUAUUGGAUUGCCUCUGGAGGAAAAUAUUGCAUUCUGGGAAAAGUAUUACAGCAAAUGUUCUGCGGGUGCCUGUGAGCACACUUGGGGGGCGCGGGAGAAGCGAUAUAUCUACAGCAUACGUCACAUAUAUGGACUUGAGGGUGCCAGGUACAAUCGCCCCUCACACAGCUGCUCCACACUACAGAGCAUCCAGCCAAGCCUCCAAGACAUGGGCGGGUGCCCUUUCAGCGGCUGUGACAUCAAGGAAAUGUUACCUCAAUUGGUCCCUCUGCUGGGACAUAAUAAGAACAUCCUUGAGGUCAUAGGCAAGGAAAUAAGGACAAACAGACCCAUGGCAGCCUGUCAGACCUUGAUGGCAUAUACAAAAUAUACCACAGGCUCUAAAAGAUCCCUCAGUGAACCCUGUGAUAUUGAAGACAUAAUGGAUGCGAUGCCAAAGUGCUUAACUAUGAAACCACUGCAAUAUUACAUGGAGACUAGAAAUAUAAAGGAAAGUUUAGAGCAUACGCUAUAGCUACACACGGCCUCAGUACUCAUCACCAUUUCAUUGGUCCUUAAAGCCUUGGUGAUUCCCUGCAUUUCCAUAUUACAUCCUGGAGUAAUAUUUGUUGUGCUGCAUUCACCACCACCAACAGCUUUCCUCUCGGAGUUGUCGCCUAUACAUGAACCAGUGCUGUUUUUGACCAGGCUUGACGAGGCUCCCUGUGCCCUGCAGUGCCUGACGAAUGCGUGCCCCCUGCUGCCCUGAGCACAUCACCCCACCUAGAGUUCCUCUGAGGCAUAGUGUAAAAGGGGUGACCUGCCAUUUAUAUAAUUUUGAGCGAAUCUUGUUUUAAAGUAGCCCCCAGACUACACACUUUGCACCAACUGAGUUCGAUGGAAACAUCAUGCAACUUUAGGCCUAUGAAUCACUCACUUUAAGGUCACUUUUUCCUUAACUUGCUUCACCACAUAAUGCAGCAAGAUUUCAGUUUCCAGAUGCCACUAAAAACAGGAUACUUCCUAAAUUAGUUUGGUCGCCCUUUUUACAUGAAAUGACUCAUAUAGCACCUGCUGUACCCACUGGCUGAUAACCCUGGGCCUGUAUUCUCAAACUGCUCACACAAAAUGCAUUUCCAAAGGCCACAAAGUAGAUUAGUCGGGUUCUCAUGAGUGUUUUCCACAUUCAUAGUGCAGCACUCUUGUCAGACCAUUACUAGGCUGACAAUACUACCCAUGAAAGUAUCCACAACUUCUGCAAAGGCCUUAACAAAUGUGAGUGUGUGAGCCCUUAAAUGUAUAAAAAUGUGGACCCAAGAGAAGUAAGCCACUUCCCUGCCUACUGAUAUUACACCUGCAGGAUUUCUCUUUCUCACACACACUAAACUUUUUAUCUGCGUGGGCGGAAAUCACAAGAAGGCUCAAAAGUAGCUGCAGUUCUUCAUGUUUUUUGAGGAAUUUGACUCUUGUAUUCACAUUCUUGUGAUAUACCAGUGGGCUAGAUAUUGCUAAAUGCUUCCUAUUCUUAUGAUACACCAUAGUACAAAACGCUGAAUGCUCAAACUAUAUGUUAUGAUGUGAGGUUGUUGUAUUGAGUUUUCUUGAGGAUUGUAUGAUUGUAUUUUCUUGAGGAUUGUAUGACUGAAUUUUCUUGAGGAUUGUAUGACUGAAUUUUCCUGAGGAUUGUAUGAUUGAAUUUUCUUGAGGACUGUGGCAUGGUUGAUAUUCCUACCUUGUGAUAUACUGCUAGUACAAAUGUGUAAAUGCUCAACCUGUAUGUUCAGUGUGAGAUUGUAUGCACUGAAUGAGUUGUAUGUCCUCUGAUUUAGUGUUUGUCCUGUUAACAGAGAAUAGUUUUUUUCACUAUUCAUUUAUAUUCUAGUCAAUAGUUUAGGUUGGUUAGGUUGCAUGGCGUGUCCGUUUGUUUAGUGGUAGUUGCUGUGUGAAGAAGAUACUGUCUCAUGUUCUGUUCUUAUUAUCUGCUCAGUAGUUAUAAAUAGUAUAUAAGCUUUUAGGAUUUCUUAUAAUAUCUAAAGCCAAGAAUGAGAGGUUUUAUUACGGUACUUAAUUGUUUUGUGUCUAUGAAAUGUUUUAUUUUUUAACUUAUUUUAUCUUGUUGUACAUCUCGCGUAGUAUUUUGAUUUUACCGCUCGCGACUUUUUCGGUAUUGAGUAACUAAAUAAUGUAAAGUAUAUCAAUAAAAAAUAAUAUCACAGCUUAGGGACAAUUGAGCGUAAUAAGCAAUGUCUUUGGACAUUUGAUAGCUAAGUAAAGUGAAAAAUAUUAAAGUAAAAUAAAUAA